AUGUCGGAUUUUUUUCUUCAAUUUUUAGUAGACGCAGUUAUUGGCUGUUAUCGUGAAAAUUAUAUGACCUAGGUUAAAAGUGUAAAUUGCAAAAAGGAUUAACACGGCAAGAUGAAUCUACCCUGAAUUUUGAAGAAAAAAAUAGGCCGACCUGUUAUGGAGUUAUCAUUUCUCCUGAAAUAUCGAUAAAAGCAUGAAGCCUCAACCACCACUAGAUGUAAACAUGGGAAAAGUACAACCUCGCAGCUUUUCCCAUUUCAGAAUAUUAGUUUUGUGUAUGUUCUGUACUGUUGUAUAUGCAUACCUAUAUAUCAAUAUUGCAUACAGAACUGAAACUAUUUCAAAGAUGAUGGAUAAUACACUAGGUGAUCUGCAGUAUUUACAAAGUAACUUGGAAAAAUUAUUGAGACCUAUCAACACAAAACUAAAUCGAAAUACCAUCAAUACCGAUCGCGAUGAAAUUAUUAGAAACGAAAAAAGGAUUGAUAGAAAAUCUAAACAUUUGUUAGUGCUAUUUACGACAUUUACAACGAAAUCAGAAAAGUACGUUUGCAGAAACAACACUAUAAAUAACUGGAUUUCAUUUGGAACUGUUGUUAAACCGGUGUUUUUCUCUGACGAUCAAAAUCUUUCUAAAGAAAUUAAAGAGAAAGGUUGGGACGUCAUCCCACCCACAAAAACCGCCGUAGGAGUUCCAAUACUGAAAUAUAUGUAUUUGGAGGUAAUGAAGAGGUAUUCAGCUCAUUUUUAUGGUUAUGUUAAUGGAGACAUUUUAUUGACACAAAAUCUAAUCGAUUCUCUUCAAUUCAUUUUUAAUUCAAACGUCAACCAAAGUGAGCCGAUGUUGAUCGUGGGUCAGAGAACAAACGUGAAGGAAGUGACUGCUGAACAAGCAUCUACAUUUGAAAAUAUAACAAAAGUUUCAAAAACAGGAAUACUGUUUACACCCUGGGGAGCGGAUUAUUUUAUAACGAAUGCCGUCUAUCCAUGGAAGGAAUGUCCGGAAGUUGUGAUUGGUAGAAGAGCAUACGAUAACUGGCUCAUACUGAAUGCUAGAAAACGGAACCAUACUACAAUCGAUGCUACUGAAACGUUAUUAGCUUUACACCAAACGACUAAAGCGGGAAAUGUCGAAGGACAUACACACUCAAAUGGUAAUUUUAAUGACAAAUUACUUCGUACUCUUUACAAGCGAAUCAAUUAUGCUGCUGGGCUGACAAGUUGUACUACUUAUACUACUACGCGCUAUGAAACAACGAAGGAAAUACAGCUACUAAAGAGAAAAAUAGGAAAAACAUGUUUCCCUAUUUGAUUACCUUCUGCCACGAAGUACUAGAUACAUAUAUUUUUACACUAUUCUGUGCUAUAAAUGUAAAACAGCAGGAAUCCAGUAUGUUUUAUAUGGUGGUCGUAAAAGAUAUAUGUAAACAAAAGAUCUAGAAUAAAAAAAAUCUUUAAGGGA